CACUGAUUAUUUUUGUUUGACUCUUGGCGCAUUACAUUUUGUUUGUUUAUUGCGUUUUAGAAAGUUUAUUGUCUACUACUACUGUUUACCCAUGAAUAUUAACGAUGGCGACUUCAAGGAUCUGCGCUGCAAGCUGGACAUCAUGGGUUUCACCCAGACUCUGCCCGUUUUGGCCAUUCCAUUGGUUCAGGCUGUUUUUGGAGACUUAAUAAAGACGACAGAAUGUCUAAGGGACACGAAAAAGAAGGUCGCCGAGUUGCUGGAGGAGAAGACCUGUUGGGAGCUGGGCGUCGAACCGUACAAGUGCGACAACUCUCGCCUGCUGGCCGAGUGUAAUGAACUCCAUCUGCAGUUCUUGAGGGACAGGGAGGACUACGAGCUGCGCCUGUGCGAAUCCGAACGCAAGAUUCGAAAUCUGGAGACAGACAAGCAGCACUUGCAGAGCCACAACGAUGGACUUCAAAGCCAACUGGACGCUCUGCUCACCAAGCAAAUGGUUUCAUCCACCGCGGUGAAAAAGGUUCCAUCUGGCAUUGGUCGGCAAACCAAGAAGCCCUUUAUAAGCACAGUGCGCUCUGGCAAUGUGCUACCCACUGUGCUGGGCACCGGCACCUCGAACCUUAAGUGCACAAAAUGCAAUGCUGGGGUAUUCCAAAAGACCACCACAACCACCAAGGAUGGUGUGACUAUCACACAGACGAGUGGCCAGGAGGAGUUGGACAAGAUGCAGAACGAUCUAACGGCGGCGGGAGAACAACUGGAAUUCUACAAGCGGAAAGUGGAGGCCAGGAAUCGGGAGAUACGUCGACUUAAUGAUAUGCUAGCAGGGGGACGACCGCCGGCAGCUUUGGCCAAGGACUGCUGCUACAAGGAGGUGGGCGCCCUGUCCCAGGACAUUGAUCUGCUGCAGCGCGAAAAGAGCGAUCUGAUGUUGCAGGUGCGCGACUUUCAGGACAAGAUGCACGACGCCAUGCAGCGGGCUCUGGGCUCCGAGGAGGACAAGAGGAAGCUACAAGCGCAGCUGGAGGAACUCAAGGAGACUGCCCUGCAGGUGGAACAGCAGGCCAAUGCGGAGAUUGAUGCCAAGGAGCUGGAACUACGACAUCUGCACUUGGAACUUAAGAAGAAGGGCAGAGAUCACCGACUGGCCGGUGGAUUUGCAUCCACUCAAAGUGAUAAGCAGAAUCUUAACGAACGCCUAAAGCAUCUAACACGCCGCGAAGAGGAACUGGAGGCCACCAAUGAGAAGCACAAGAGGAAACUGCUCAAAAUGCAGGCCAAGAUCUUUGAGCUGCAAAAGGAGCUCAAGGACCAGAAUCAACACACCACUGUCACUCUGGACGAGGACAAGAUACGCCUGACAUCGGAGAGGGACUUCUUCCAGAAGGAAUAUCUGCGUCUGAUGAGCAAGUCCGGCUCGGAAUCGGAGGUAGCCUUCCUGCAUGCCCAAAUCAAAUCCAAGGAUGAUGAGCUAAGAGCCCUUCGAAACGAAUUGUUCCCCGGUGCAAAGCUGCAAUUCUCGCCGCAGAAAAGCGUACAGUAUGAGACACUUCCGCCGGCCACCGCUUCCUCCUGUACGUCCACCGCGAACAGCAACCGGAGUGACUGCGUCCAGGCGGCCAUCGGAAGGGUGGAGCGCGAACGGGACUGUGCCAGGUCCGAACUGGAGCGCGUUCGCUGCGAGCGGGACACGCUGAGGGAGAAACAGCUGUGCAACGUGCAACUUCACGCCGAGGAGCUCCAAGCUCUACGCAUGCGCAACGAAGAGCUCAACGAUCGACUGCGUCAGCUCGAAAGGGACAAUAGGGAUCUGAACUCGGCUCGCCUGCCGGCGGAAACCAAUCUGGUGCUGCUCAAGGAGGAUUUGGUUCAGAUGCGAAACCGCAUGGCCACUAUGCAAACCGAAAUUGAUCAGCUGAAAACCGAAAACAGUCAGAUAACCAUGCUCAACGAUCAAAAUGAGCGCAUCAUAGCGGACUAUAAGAGUAAACUUCUGGUGGCCGAGCGUCACCGACAGACGGCUGAUGUUCGAGCUAGCACCUUGGACUCCAGUCGAGAGUCCAAUCGCAACGAAGUCACCCAGCUGCGCACGGAUAUUGGAGCUCUGCGGCAGACAUACAUUUCAUUGGAACACGAGAAGGACACGCUACUGCAUCAACUGGAUAGCAAAACGGAACGCGCUUAUAAACUGGAGUAUGAGCUAAAGGAUUGCAAGGAGAAACGGAAUGCUCUGGAGCAAAGCGUUAAGGAAUUGGAGGAGCAAGUGCGCAAGCUGACCAACAGGAACCGCCAGCGCGAUUCAGAACUGACGGAGACCUCGACGGAAAGUAAAACGCUGCGGCAGCAGAUUGUGGCACUCAAAGCCAGCCGCGAUGAGGCAAUAGCAGAGAAUCGCCGACUGGUGGACAAAUUGAGCGAUGCCCAAGUGGAGGUUAGGACGUUGCAGAACAAGCUGGCGGACUCCGAGAAGCAGGUGGCCAACAUGAAGCAGCAGCUGCACAAGUACGUCCAGGAGGUGAAGAAGGCCGAGGACCUGCUCACCCAGAAGGUGUCCUCUAAAUUAAAGGAAAAGGAGCGCGAUGAGAUGCUGGACCAGUACCACUGCCUAACACAAGACCAAGCCACGCUCGAGGGAAACAACCAAAGUCUGGAAUGCGAGGUUACCGAGUUCAGGCGGCAGAUCUGUGAGCUGGAGUGCGAGGUGCGCAGCCUGAAGGAUCAGUUGCAGUGCAGGCAGUGCGCACUGGACGGUAUGGAGGUGCAGUUGACCGCCGCCCGGACCGCGACGAGAUGUCUGGAGCGGGAGCUGGAGAAUGCCCGCGAUGAUCUGCGAGUCCAGAAGGUGGAUCUCGAGGCUCGCAAGGAGCUGUGUGACAAACUCGAUGUGGAAAAGGGCAAGCUCAACGCGGAGCUAAACGAGGUCAACGAAAUCCGUAAAAAGCUUGAAAAGCAAUGUGAAAAACUGCGCGACGAGCUUCAGCAGAGCUCGGCUCUCAAUCAGAUCACCACCGAAACCACCGAUCAGAUGCUGGAACGCUUGCACAACGAUAAGCAGCGUCAGAAUGACGAUGAUAUCAGGGCCAAAUACGAAAUGGACCGACUGCAACGUCAGCUACAACAGACUUUGAGCCAAUUGCAGGAGGAACGAAUCCGUUGUAGACACCAGGAGGAGUUGGCCAACGAAUUCGAGCAACAGGUUUGCAAUCUGCGUCGAAGUCUCGCCGAGGAUCGUUUCAACCAUGCGAGGUCGCGCGAAGUUAGUCCUCGAGUGCCAUCGAAGACCCUGUAACUUUGUUUUUGACUCAACUAUUGCUUGUUUUAUGUUAACUCAAAUUUAAUGUUUGGCCGGAAUAUCGAAAUUGUAAAAAUAUAUAAAAGAUGGGCAACGCACAAUAAAAAGGUGUUUCGG